AUGAAGUACUCUUUCGCCCUUACUCUGGCCACCGCCGGGUCCAUCGCGGCUGCUGCCCAGCACCAGCACGGCCACCGUCACCACCACAAGCGCGAGGUUGUCACUGUCGAUGGUCCCACUGUCGUCGAAUACAUGCUCGACAACGAGCUCAUCAGCGCCGACAAAGUGUGCCAGGGUAUCACCGACGGCACCUUGGCCUGGGCUAACGGCCAGCCUGCCUCCGACCCCUGCCAGACUUCGACCUCGACCACGGCCUCUUCCACCACGACUGAGGCGUACACCCCUACCAUCGCCCCGGCGAAAUUCAUCGAGACCGAGGCCUCUUCCUCCAGCUCUACUUCCACUUCGACCUCCACCUCCACUAGCGUGAGCGUUGCGUCAAGCACUACCUCCCAGGCGGCUGCCACCUCGUCCGCCGCCAGCUCUUCAACUGCGACUGGAUUGGAUGCAUCGUUCCCCGACGGUGAACUCGACUGCAGCACUUUCCCUUCCGACUACGGUGCUGUUUCUCUCGAUUACCUCGGUCUCGACGGUUGGUCUGGUAUCCAAUACGUGACCCUGGUCGACGAGGUUAUUAGCAGCAUCGUUACUGCCGUUACUGGUGACAGCUGCACCAGCGGUGCCAUGUGCUCGUACGCCUGCCCUCCCGGGUACCAGAAGUCUCAGUGGCCCACUACUCAGGGCUCCACAGGCCAGUCUGUCGGUGGUCUUCAGUGCAAGGGUGGCAAGCUCUACUUGACCAACUCGGACCUCUCCGACAAGCUUUGCAUUCCUGGUGUUGGUGGUGUCCAGGCCAAGAACACCCUGAGCGACCACGUUGCCGUUUGCCGUACUGACUACCCUGGUACCGAAUCUGAAACCAUCCCCAUCAGCCUUAACAGCGGCGAGACCAAGGAUGUGACUUGCCCCAACGGUGAAACCUACUACAAGUGGGAGGGCAAGGUUACCUCUGCUCAGUACUACGUCAACCCUGCCGGUACCACGACCGAGGAGGGAUGCCAGUGGGGUGAUGGCAGCAAGGCCAUCGGUAACUGGGCGCCCAUCAACCUCGGUGUUGGUGAGAACAACGGCAAAUGGCUUUCUAUCUUCCAGAACUCUCCUACCACCACCGAGAAGCUCGACUUCAACAUCAAGAUCCAAGGUGACAACCUUAGCGGUUCCUGCAAGUACGAAGACGGUUCUUUCGUCUCUGACACUGGUUCCAACGACUCUGGCUGCACGGUCGAAGUCAUGUCCGGUGACGCUACUUUCGUCUUCUACUAA